AUGAUCAUCAAGAGAUAUUAUUACAUCAGUCUAUGGCUUUGCAUCCUUGCGCUACUAUCUCCGCACGGCAGUUUCGCUGUUGACGAACAGCUGUCUGUCGGGCUUUCGGAGGUUGCGGUCAAAAUCAGUGACAAAGUCGAUAUCGGUCGAAUGCGAAAAGACAUCGCUCGACUCUCCAAUCUUCCCACCCGCGUCACUGGCUACGAUGAAGCCGCAUCGGGCAGCAAGUACAUCUUCGAUCAAUUUGUCGAGAUCGGCUUACAAAACGUCGAGAGCCGCGAGUUUCCUGUUUCUGUUCCGAUAGACCACGGUGAUGGGAAAGUAGAAAUUCUCUCCGAAGAUCAAACGCUUCUGAAGACUUACCGAAUCUGGUCCAUCUGGCCCAACCUUGUUCGCACCUCCUUCCUUCCCAACGGCGUCUCUCAUGCAGUCGUUCAAGGCGAAACCUUAGACGGAAUUGCUAAAUCCUAUCGAGUUGACCCGCAAGCCAUUUUAGCUGACCCGCAUAACCAAUACCUCCGAGACCAAGCAACCGAUGGCAGCGAUAACGAUGAUGAUGGUGAAGUUGACGAACCGGGCGAGCUAGUGCUGGUCGAAAGCAACUCGCUCUUUAUUCCUACCGGCGGACUGACCGCUCCCCCUCUUUUACGGCGGAAGUGGUGA